CACAAAAAGGAAUAACAUGAGCCAUGCCUUCGGCACGACCUGGUAGUCUUAAAGAUCCGGAAAUAGCAGAACUAUUCUACAAACAUGAUCCAGAAAAGAUAUUUGAGGAUUUACGAGAAAUUGGUCAUGGCUCCUUCGGUGCGGUGUACUAUGCACGAUGCAACCUUACCAAAGAAAUUGUGGCCAUUAAGAAAAUGUCCUAUACGGGCAAACAAAGUUUGGAAAAGUGGCAGGAUAUUCUCAAAGAAAUCAGAUUUCUUCGUCAAUUGAAUCAUCCAAACACAAUCGAAUAUAAAGGUUGUUAUCUACGCGAAUCAACAGCAUGGCUUGUUAUGGAAUAUUGUGUCGGUUCGGCCUCCGAUAUUAUUGAAGUUCACAAAAAGCCAUUACACGAAGAUGAAAUUGCCGCCAUAUGUGAUGGUGUACUCAGCGGGCUGAGCUAUUUGCACAGCUUGGGUCGUAUACAUCGUGACAUAAAGGCUGGAAAUAUUCUGCUCACCGAUUGCGGUGUUGUAAAGUUGGCAGAUUUUGGCAGUGCUGCCAUUAAAUGCCCGGCCAAUAGUUUUGUCGGCACACCAUAUUGGAUGGCGCCUGAAGUUAUUUUGGCCAUGGACGAGGGCCAAUAUGAUGGUAAAGUGGAUGUAUGGUCAUUGGGUAUAACCUGCAUUGAGUUGGCCGAACGUAAACCGCCAUAUUUUAAUAUGAAUGCCAUGUCUGCAUUAUAUCACAUAGCCCAAAAUGAAUCACCUACGUUACCCAAAAAUGAUUGGAGCGAUACAUUUUGCAACUUCGUUGAUUUAUGUCUCAAAAAGAAUCCUGCAGAACGGCCAUCAUCGACAAAGCUACUGGGCGAUCCGUACGUUACCAGACAUCGUUCAGAUACUGUACUACUCGAGUUGAUAGCACGUACAAAAGCCGCAGUUCGUGAAUUGGAUAAUCUCAAUUAUCGUAAAAUGAAGAAAAUUCUUAUGGUUGAUACCUGCGAGACUGAAAGUGCCGUUGGCGAUACAGAUGAUACACAGGACGAGCAUGCCGGUGGUGAUAGCAGCAAGAGUAAUAGUAUUACGUCGGAACAUUCUAUACAUUCAGUGGGUGUAUCGGCGGCCAGUAGUCAAGUAAGCUCUUCGUCGAAUUCAAUACCACCUGCAACACAAAAUCACAUCGGUGGCGGUCCAUAUUCACAACAGCCACCGCAUUUGGGUGCCAUGAAUUAUCAUCACCCACAUCAUCAUCAGCAGCAACAAAUGCAUUCACAACAACAGCAGCAUCAGCAGCAACAGGCAAUAAGUGGUGCUGUUUCACGCAAUUCAUCACGUCAACGCAAUUUGCCACCAUUGCCUAGCAUUAUGCACAAUAUGAACAAUAAUGUGACACCAACUAAUUCCACAGCUGUGGUACCAGCACCUGUGCCUCCACACCAGCAGCAGCAACAUCAACAGCAGCCGCAACCUCCACAUUCAAUAAUGUCAUCCAUGUCAAUGGGCAGUGGACCGGGUGGUAUGCCGCCACAGUCGCAACAGCAGCAAUCAUGUGGAAAUAUGUCGACCGCGGGUGAUCGUAUGUCUCAAACGUCACAACAACAGCCACCGUUACAGCCACCACGUUAUCUCUUUCCGAUACAAGCCAACGAACAUGGUCCUAAUAAUUUUGCCACUAUACGCACUACAAGUAUAGUUACUAAACAACAAAAAGAACAUAUGCAGGAGGAGAUGCAUGAGCAAAUGUCUGGAUACAAGCGAAUGCGUCGUGAACAUCAAGCUGCACUUCUCAAGCUCGAGGAGAAGUGCAAAGUGGAAAUGGAAGCGCAUAAGAAUGCCCUGGACAAGGAAUAUGACAAUCUGUUGCAUAAUUUCACAAGGGAAUUAGAAAGACUAGAGGCCAAACAUCAACAAGAUUUGGAGAGGCGCAUGAAACAAACAACAGCUGCCGAAAAGAAAUUACACAAGGAGAUUACUUUGAAACAGGAAUGUGAUCGCAAAACCCAUGAUAUGCAACGCAAAAAGGACUACAAAGCCAACAAGGAGCGAUGGAAACGUGAAUUGUCAAUGGAUGAAUCAACGCCGAAGCGUCAGAGGGAUUUAACAUUGCAAACACAAAAGGACUCGCUCAAACAAGCUGAGGCCCAAGAGGAGCAGCGUCUGUUGUCAUUGCAAAAGAAAUACAUUGAGCUGGAAAUGCGUAAAUUUAAACGAAGGCGUUUAAUCAUGCUGCACGAACUGGAAGAUCAGCUGCUAAGAGACGAAUUGUCUAAGAAACAACAUCAGCUAGAACAGGCCCAUGCCAUGCUACUGAAACAUCAUGAGAAGACACAAGAAUUAGAGUAUCGCCAGCAAAAAAGUGUCCAUCAAUUGCGUGAAGAACAAAUUAAUAAACAACACGAUACUGAAUUGCAAAAUCAAAAAGAUUACAUGGAGCGAGUUAAAAAAGAUUUACUGCGUAAACACGCUCUGGAAAUUAGGCAACAUCCUAAGAGUCUAAAGCAAAAAGAAUUGCAAAUACGUAAACAAUUCCGAGAGACGUGUAAAACGCAAACAAAACAAUAUAAACGCUACAAAGCCCAGAUAUUGCAAACGACGCCAAAGGAGCAACAAAAAGAAGUCAUUAAACAAUUAAAAGAGGAAAAGCAUCGUAAAUUAACGCUGCUGGGCGAACAGUAUGAACAAAGUAUUGCUGAUAUGUUCCAAAGUCAAAGUUAUAAACUAGAUGAAAGUCAAGUGAUCGAGUGCCAACGUACCAACGAAAUGUUGGAAUAUGAAUUAGAUGUCUUAACUGCCUAUCAAAAUAAGAACAAGAAACAAGCUCAAGAGCAACGCGAUCGAGAGCGUAGAGAAUUGGAGAAUCGUGUGGCAGUCCGUCGCAGUGUUUUAGAGAGCAAGAUGGAAGCCGAAUUACUACAAUUCAAUCAAGAACGUGCCGAAAGAUUGCGAUUAAUGCACGAGAAGCAUGUUAAAGAAAUUGAAGCUUUCGAUGAAGAAUCAAUCACAUUAGGUUUCAACGCUAUGGCAGUUGCCGAAGGAUCACGAGAGGCAUACCCUGAUGAAGAGGGUAGUCUAUCGGGUUCAAUGAUUAGUUUAGCGCAUAGUAAUAGUUCAACAAGUUUUCCGGCUGGCUCCCUAUAGCAUAGAAAUGUUAAUAAUACAAAUGGAUUUCAUCAUAAUAAUAUUUUAAAUAAAGAUAAUGUAAUUAUUGCUAGUAAUAUAACAAAUACAACAACAACACCAACACCAACCAC